UGAAUUAUUCCAGCUCAAAUGCCGUAUCUGCGCGCAACUCCGAGGAAAUAAAAUGAAUAUUCAACACAGCCUUGUAUUAAACAACGCAGCGAGAACACAAUCGAGCCAUCUUUGUUAACCAGACGUUUGAGUGUUUUUGGAGCUUUUAGGAAUUUUAGGAGUUACGAUUCAGUUUUGGAAUAAAUUUGCUGGAUUACUGUUUCACAACCGCAAAAACAUAACCUUUCAGGAAUCAGGAUGGGUGAUAGACAAUGCUACUACAAUGAAACCAUAGCCUUUUUUUACAAUAAUAGUAAGAAGUAUCUGGCCACAGAAUGGAAUACUGUAAGCAAGCUAGUAAUGGGACUCGGUAUUACAGUGUGUAUUUUCAUUAUGCUUGCUAACUUGCUCGUGAUGGUGGCCAUCUACAUCAACCGCCGAUUUCAUUUCCCAAUCUACUAUCUAAUGGCUAACCUAGCAGCUGCGGACUUCUUUGCAGGACUUGCCUAUUUCUACUUGAUGUUUAACACCGGACCCAAUACAAGAAGGCUAACGGUUAGCACAUGGUUGUUGCGCCAGGGCCUUAUCGAUACGAGCCUGACAGCCUCGGUUGCUAACUUGCUGGCUAUAGCCAUUGAGCGCCACAUCACGGUGUUCCGCAUGCAACUCCACACACGCAUGAGUAAUCGGCGAGUAGUUGUGGUUAUUGUCAUCAUUUGGACCAUGUCUAUUGUCAUGGGUGCCAUUCCCAGCGUGGGCUGGAACUGCAUCUGUGCUAUAGAGACCUGCUCCAACAUGGCACCCCUCUACAGCAAUUCUUACCUGGGCUUCUGGGCGAUCUUCAACCUGGUAACCUUUGUGGUGAUGGUUGUUCUUUACGCCCACAUAUUCAUGUAUGUAAGACAACGGACCAUGAGGAUGUCCCGGCACAGCUCGGGUCAACGGCGGAACAGGGACACUAUGAUGAGCUUGUUGAAGACAGUCGUCAUUGUAUUGGGAGAAUCAAGCAAGUGCACACAGAACAUUACAGUGAAACACAGAACAAAAAACAAGAUCACCAUCACUGCCGGUAACUCCGCCCCUUCCGCUAUGUACGGCAAGCCGUGUGCGCUGAAUGCAUGAAGUGUCCAACAUUCCACACUCCAUUUUGACAGUUGAAAAAGUGCAUCAUCCAGGUACUCAUAGUACACUUCUUUUUGUUGCAUUUUCUGUGUAAACAUACUAUUCGCACUACUUACACUUCAAAAUGACAUAAAGUAGUGCUGAAGUGUGCGGUUUGGGACACACCUUUACAUUAUUUCCCAUUAUUUCUAGCUAGAAAGAUAGAUAGAUAAGCAGAGGGAAAUUAAAAGAAUGUUCUUGGUUCAAAACAAGUUAAGCUCAAUCGACAGCAUUGUGUGGCAUAAUGUUGACUACCACAAAAGUUAAUUUAGACUUCUUCUUAAAAAAAAAAAAGCAAAAAACAAUGUUCCAGUGAGGUACAUACGAUGGAGAUGAAUGGGGGCCAUUUUUUACAUUAAAAUGGUCACUUUUUCAAAAGUACAACCACAAGACAAUUUUAAACCUUUUAUGUGUAAAGUUAUAGCCAAUUUUACAAAUGUGUUACUAUGACGAUGUAAUGUCAACAAACUUUAAACCCUAAAACGCCUGUAAUAAUGACAAUUUAAACAAUUCAAAUAAUACACAAGUUUUAACAGAAGAAUUACUGCAAGUGCUUUUAUAAAAUAAUAAGCUUCACAUUUCUGUGUUUAAACCUUCCGAAUAUUGGCCAUAUUCACUUUUAUUGCAUUAUUAGGACCUCACUGUAAUCUCGAUUUUUGCUUUUUUUAAAGAAAAGGAGGAACGAGUCGAAAUAAAUGUUUGUGGUGAUCAACAUUAUGCCACAAAUACUGUCGAUUUAGCUUAAAAGAAUAGUUCACCCAGUGAUGAAUGAUUUACUCACCCUCAGGCCAUCCAAGAUGUAUCUGAGUUUCUUUCUUCAUCAAAACAGAAUUUAAGAUUUUUAGGAUUUCAUUUCAGGCCUCCUCCUCUAAACAAUGCAAGUGAAUGUACUCCAUUUUUUGACGGUCCAAAAUGCAUAUUUAGAGUGCAUCAAAAUAAUACACACGACUCCAGUCGACAAAUUAAGGUCUUCUGAACCCAAACAAUUGAUUAUUUUUAGAAACAAAACAAUACUUAUAUACUUUUUAAGUACAAAUGUUCACUUCCGUAUAUCUCUGAGACACGCACUCAUGAGAGGGAUAACGUAAGCUCGUUGGUAAGGUCACGCGUCACGUGGGGGAGGAGUCAGGAAACACGUCAUUGUUUACAAGAGAAACUUGCACAGACCACAGACCAAGCACCGUUCACAAACCAAAACAAUUUAAAAACAAUAUGAAAUAAAAUAAAAAAUAAUUUCCAAAUAAUAAUAAAAAAAAACAUUACUGCAGUAAAUAACCAUCCUUUAUUUCAGAGCAAUGCCCUUGCGUUAUCUACUUGUUCUUUUUCUUUAGCAGAAAUACAGUAUAUAGGCUAUAUGACUGUCAGGAAUUCAAGCCACACAAGUUGUAGUUAGUGAAAGCAAGUGCGAGAAGAACUGCAGAAGAGGUAACAGGUGAAACAGCAGGGUAAGCACUAAACAGAUAUCGACGAAGAUCAAGAGCAAAUACAGACAGGUAAAUAAAUUCUGCAUGAGAGCAGCGCGGUCAAACUAGAGUCCUUUGUGUGAGACUUGACAGUGAAGUAGCGUGAAGGUGAGUUAUUUAUGCAGGCAGUGAUGAGCGAGUGAAUUGAGUGCAGGUGCGCUGGAGGGAAGUGCAUAGCCCGAGGGAGGCGUGACAAUGACAACGUUUUCACACAUACCUGAGUUCAAUGGAAAAACAGCACGGCCACAGCCGAUGAAUUCAGAUAUCGACCCUUUGUUUCUUUCGAUGGUCUGAAAUCCUCAGAGGUAAAAUGUUCACUGCACACCCUCCAAUAUUUGAGAGAAUGUAGGGGUGUACUGAUAUCCAGGUUCAGUGCGAUAAGCCAGAGCUCCAAUCGCUCAUGAUCAUGUAUAGCAAUCGAUGAAAAGUUAAUAUUUUUCCCGGAGUGCAUUUUCUUUGGGGUUUCUGAAGGUUGAAGCAUCCAGGAUACACACACCAAACGACCAUUUUGAACAAUACACUCCUUGUGUAUUGUUGGCCCCUUAAUAUGGCAUAAAUGUCUUAUGUUCUCAAUAAUCUCACCACAUUAUGACCAUUUGAUCAUAUUUUAUUUUCCUAACACAUGUUGCAAUUUGAAGUCUCAUUAAAAUAAAUAAAUUAGGAUCCAAAAGUCUGAGACCACUUUGAAAAAUUGGGAUUCAUAACAUAAUUUAAACAACAACAAAAAAAGUUUUUCGUUAAUAAGUUUUUAUUUUAUUCAUUUUUUCACUAAAAUUGUUAUGCUGAUAAUAUAAUUUGUAAUAAAUUAAAAAUAAUAAUUUAUAAAAACAAAACAAAAACAAAUGCAAAAAAAAGCAUUUUCACUAGUGGUCUCUGACUUUUGGACCCCAAUUUAUUUAUUUUAUUUUACACACUAUUUUCAAGACAACGACAGGAGAAAUAUAAUAGUUUUAUUUAAAACAAAGAUUCAUAUGCAUCACUCAAUUAUAUAGCUAAUGUGAUCACUAUGUUAACAGCACUGAUUAUAAAUAUUUUAAUAAUAAAAACAUGAUAAUAAUGCAAAAAUAUCAUGCCGUAUAUGUGUACAGUUUUUUUUUUUUUUUCUGAAAAUGGUAGUUAUGUCUUAUAAUUGGCUUUUAACAUGUAUAUGGGCCAAACAUCUAACUAGUCAUUAAUUUAUAUCUUCAAUUUGUUUCUAUUUUUGACAAUAAUUAGAACAGCAAAUAGAAAUGAAAGACAAAAAUGCCCAAACUUGGAACAGCAAUUAGUGAAAAAUGAAUCAAACUAUUCAGUUACAACAUAAAUAACAUAAACAAUAAAGUGAUGGUGUGCCAUUUUGGAAUAUACUAUUCUACUUAAAUGUUUUAAAUGUCAACAUGACAGCAUUAUUCUGCAUAAAGCACUAUAUCAUGUUAUGGUCACACCUUACAUUAUUGUUUCCUUUAUUAAGGGUUUCUAAAUUCACUGCAAAAAAAGCAUUUUCAAGCCAAGUAUUUUUUUGUUGUUGUUGUUUUGUGUGUGUGUGUGUGUGUGUGUGUGUGUGUGUGUGUGUGUGUGUGUGUGUGUGUGUGUGUGUGUUGUU